AUGGAGUUCCUUGUGUUACCCAAGGUCACUGUAGAUCUACCCACAACUACAAUUAGCACGGAAGGGUGGACUUUACCAGACGGUAUUCAACUGGCGGAUCCGUCGUUUUUCCAAUCCAAGGAAGUCGAUAUUGUCCUGGGCAUCGAGGCUUUCUUCGAGUUCUUCGAGACCGGACGAAGAAUUUCGAUCGGAACAGAGCUACCAAGCCUUACUGAAUCCGUAUUCGGUUGGGUAGUUUGUGGUGGCUCGUCUUCUACCAAAUCCCUUCAAAUAGGCUGCCAUUUCUCAGCCACAUCCAAGCUCGGAAAACUAAUUGAGCGGUUCUGGUCAUGCGAAGAGGUGGAAUUCCUAAACUCCCAUACUCCGGAGAAAAAAAUGUGUGAAGAUAUGUUCCAGAAAGGAGUCCAAAGAGGUGCAGAUGGUCGCUACACUGUUCCUCCACCCAAAAACGAAGACGUGGUUUCCAAAUCGGGCGAGUCACGAGACAUCGCAUUCCGACGUCUUCUUGGAACCGAACGCAGGCUGGAAAGGGAUGCCAAUUUGCGUGACCAGUACGUUACAUUUAUGGACGAAUACUUGAAGUUAGGGCACAUGCGGAAAGUCGAAGAUGAUGCCGAGGAGCCAGUCAAAAGGUGUUAUCUACCCCAUCAUUCGGUGGUCAAGGAGGCCAGUACCAUCACCAAGGUUAGAGUGGUCUUCGAUGCUUCGUGCAAGACGUCAACCGGAGUAGCGUUGAAUGAUGCACUUCUGAUUCUCCUCGUAUCGGACGUAGAGAAAAUUUUCCGACAAAUCCUGACUACGCCAACGGAUCGACCUUUGCAGUCGAUACUCUGCCGAUUCACACCCCAGGAUGAAGUUACGGUCUAUGAACUGAACACAGUGACUUAUGGGACAAAACCAGCUCCCUUUCUAGCAACUCGCACGCUUCAGCAGUUGGCUAAUGAUGAAGAAUCUCAUUAUCCGCUCGCAGCACGAGCAAUUCUCGAAGACGUCUAUAUGGAUGAUGUCAUCACUGGUACGAACGACGUAAGCACGGCUAUUUCCCUCAGAACUCAACUGACGGAAAUCAUGGAAAGCGGAGGUUUCAAACUUAGAAAGUGGUCCUGCAAUAAUCCCACAGUUUUGAAAGGCAUUCCAACAGAGAAUUUGGCUAUUCAGGACAGCUCUGGCGUUGAUUUAGAUCCGGAUCAAUACGUGAAAACGUUGGGCUUAACGUGGAUGCCUGCUACCGAUACCCUUCGAUUCCAGUUCCAGAUUCCCCCGCUAGAUUCGGCCAUUCCACAUACAAAACGUCGUAUCCUAUCGCUCAUCGCCACACUCUUCGACCCCCUCGGUCUUAUUGGUGCCACGACGGUGGCCGCAAAGAUCAUAAUGCAGCAACUAUGGACACUGCAAGGCCCGAAUGGUGAUCGCUUGGACUGGGACGAACCAGUUCCUUCGAGGGUGGGUGAGAUCUGGAGAAACUUUCAGGAAAAACUGCCACUCCUUAACAACAUUCGUGUCGACCGCUGUGCUGUUAUUCCAAAUGCAGUUUUGGUGGAGCUGCAUUGUUUCUCAGACGCUUCUGAGAAGGCUUACGGUGGCUGUAUCUACCUUCGAGGUCAAGACGCGAAUGGAAAAAUCUUGGUUCGACUAUUAUCCUCCAGAUCCAAGGUGGCUCCACUACGAAGGUGUAAGAAGGGUAAAAAGACACAGAUACAGAAUAUCAAAUUCUCGGUGUUUUCGAGCGUAAAAUACUGCGUCAAUAAGGCGGAAAAUGGUGAAUGGCGCAGGCGCAUGAAUCACGAGUUUAGCAGAGAACCUAGAAGAGGACGUUGGCCUCAGGCUGGCUGUGUGCAAUCGAGGAAGAAGUGCGUGCGGCCGGUGUUCAGCGAGACUGGCGAUUGA